AUCCCAGCCAGAAAAUGGCGGAUAUUGAGGAGCUACGGAAUAUGGUAUCAAGUUUCCGAGUGUCAGAGCUGCAGGUGCUACUGGGAUACGCUGGAAGGAAUAAGAGUGGUCGAAAGCAUGAGCUUCUCCUCCGAGCCUUGCACCUGUUAAAGACUGGCUGUAGCCCCGCCGUGGAGAUCAAAAUCAAGGAACUUUAUCGACGCAGAUAUCCAAGGACAUUUGACAGUCUUCCAGACUUGUCCGCUCUCAAGUCGAGCAUUAAGACGUACUUUCAGGUGGAGAGUGGUUCCCCGGUCCUGAAUUCGGACCUUGCUCUCGGCGUGAGUCAUUCAGUGCUGGAGCAGCAGCAGCACCUGGUGCCUUGUCACUCUCCCCCGUUUCACGACACCAAACCCAGGAUGAACAUGCAACCGCCGACGCCGCUGCUCCCGCCCGUUCACCCUGACGUCCAGAUGAAACCUCUGCCUUUUUACGAUGUGCUGGACGUUUUGAUCAAGCCGUCUAGUCUAGGAGCAAGCACAGUGCAGAGGUAUCACCAGGAGAAAUAUUUCAUCUUUGCUUUAACGCCACAGCAAGUCAGAGAAGUCUGCAUCUCACGGGACUUCCUCCCGGGCGGCAGGAGAGACUACAUGGUGCAGAUUCAGCUUCGGUUUUGCCUUUCAGAGACCAGUUGCCCACAAGAGGACAAUUAUCCCAACAGUCUGUGCAUUAAAGUCAACGGCAAGCUCUUCCCUCUCCCGGGUUAUGCCCCGCCCCCUAAGAAUGGCGUGGAACAGAAAAGACCAGGCAGGCCUCUAAACAUCACUUCAUUGGUCAGGUUAUCUUCAGCAGUGCCCAAUCAGAUUUCAGUAACAUGGGCUCCUGAGAUAGGGAAGACGUAUUCCAUGUCUGUGUACCUGGUGAGACAGCUCACGUCCCCCCUGUUACUCCAGAGACUAAGGAUGAAAGGCAUUAGAAACCCCGAUCACUCCAGAGCUCUCAUAAAAGAAAAGCUCACCGCAGACCCUGACAGUGAAAUCGCCACGACCAGUUUACGAGUCUCACUCAUGUGCCCACUGGGUAAGAUGCGUCUGACCGUGCCCUGUCGAGCCGUCACCUGUUCUCACCUGCAGUGUUUUGACGCUGCGCUGUACCUGCAGAUGAACGAGAAGAAACCCACCUGGAUCUGUCCCGUGUGCGACAAGAAAGCCACGUACGAGAGCCUCAUCAUCGACGGGCUGUUCAUGGAGAUUCUAAACGACUGCACUGACGUGGACGAGAUAAAGUUCCAGGAGGACGGGACGUGGUGUCCGAUGAGACCAAAGAAAGAGACGCUCAAGGUGUCGUCCCAGGGCCUCCCAAAAAUCGAGUGUAAGUCACUCACGUGCACAUCUCUUACCCCAGCGUGUACGUCACUCACACGCACAUCUCUUAGCCCAGCCAGCACGAGAAAGGCUGACGUGAUCGACCUGACGCUGGAGAGUUCGUCUGACGAAGAGCAGGAGGAAGAGGCCGCCCCCCCGCUGAAGAAACGCUGCGUCUACAUGUCUAAAGCCGAGGACAUGCACAGCAAGGGGGUGCUGACGUAUCAGCCGCCUACGGUGCGUGUGCCAAACGUCCAGUCGUUGGACACUCCGUAUCUGACCUCUCCCCUGACAGAAUAUGCAGUACCUUUCCACCCCUCCACCCUUUCGGCGAUGCCCCCAGACAUACCGGGUUUGGACCUGUUCUCGUUAAUCCAAGGAGACCCACAGGUAUGUCAUUACCGAGCUCCCAUGUUUCUGGACAACCUGUCCAGCAGCCUGCAGGGCACCAGCACAAGUGGCAGCCUGGUCACGUCCUCCGCCCAGUAUGAGACCAGCUCGCGCACCACAGGCUCCACCCACGAGGCCACCGUCAUCACGGGAGGAAGCUCCACCCUCUCUGACAUCAUCUCCUUAGACUGAGUCACCAGGGAUACCGUUACACAGCUGCCAAUCAAAGCGACGUGACUCGCGGUCCGCCUCGUCUCUCGGGAAACUGUGUUUUUAUGUUUUGACGUCUAACAGUGACUUUGACCCAUUGCCUUCUGAUUUGAUGAACUGCACAAAUGAGUUCAGUGACUGGACAGACCGAACAGAAAGGACCUCACUGAUUGGAUGGACAGAGAGUGGUUGGUCCUGGUGGUCGUGCGUGUGGUAUUUGUGUCGGUGGAUCUCUAGCUGUGGAUGCAGCCACUCCUCAGGCAGCACUGGUUUUGUAGUACUGACCGCUUUUCCGCAGUGCAGUUUUUCUUACGAUCCCUUAGCCCUCUGUUUUAGCCAUAGCAAUAACAGGCGGGAUCCACGGAGACACAGCUGGCUGUUCUGAAUGAUGUGUGUUCCUCCACAGGCGCCUGAUUUGGCGUCGCGCACAGGACCAGGUGUGAAGAGUGUGUCGGUACUGUGGCCCACAGCCAGAGGCUGCCAGAAAGGUUUAUUACACCAACCAUUUUUUAACUCUUAUUAUUUUUGCUUUCUCCAGACUGUUGGUUGUGCGCUGUGUAUUGUUGGACUGUUUUUGUUAUAUAAGAGCUAUGAGAAGUGUCUUUUAAUACGAGUUACUACAUUUUAAUGCAGUAAUUCUCUCUCGCUCU